AUGAAGUGCCUAGAGGAUAUCGCAUGGGUGGCCAUCGAUGUCCUCCGGAUCGGAUACGUAGAAUACGGCCCAGAGCCAAAUCCUCGGAGAACGGUGACAGUCUUCGUCUCGGUAGAGCCGGCGUCUACAGCGUGGACUGUCGCCUACCAGGCUGUGACUGCUUGCGUCGAGAAGCUGCGUGCCCGUGGAUUGUGGGACGUCGACGUCGACGUCAAGGAGUCAACUUUUUCCCAUCUCGUGGAUGGCGCACCCACGUCCCCGCCGAAGCUGCACCCUUGGCCCCUGGACCCUUCCACGGCUCGGAGUUAUGCCGAACAUGUCGGCAUAUCCCUUUCUGAGCUCCUGGGGGUAUCCAUCGAGAGCCGUCAAAGACCAGACUACGAAGGCACGAAAGGGCUAUACCUAAAGUGUAGAAGAAGUGGAAGAGUCUUCGCCCUUACCUGUCGACACGUUGUCAUUGACCAGUCCUCGAUCAACGAAUACAGGUUCAGCGGUGCCGAGCCCCGGAUCGAGGUCAUUCAGCCGCCCGAGGGAACCUUCACGGACCACCAAACUUUUCUCCGAGGCGUCCAGGCACGCCCCGAUGACACUCUAUGGGCCCGCAUCGAGAGCAAGCUAGACGCGCUCACCGAUAUCGGCGAUCGUGUAGUCGGAAGUGUCGCCUCCUCACCCGCGCUCGAUAUUGCGACGACCCCCUCUGGUAGGAAGUGGCUCCGGGAUUGGGCUCUUAUAGAGCUCGAUCCCGCUAGGCAUACGACUGCCCUCGUGAACCUUCAGAGUCGCGUCUUUCUUGGGCUCGACAGAGCCGUGACCAUACAAGAUAGGAUGAGCCGCGAAACCGCACCCCGGGACCUCCCGCUGAGACAGUACCUGGUCGCCGAGGAGGACGGUGGAGCCACGGCUCGCAUCGUCGGUGUCUGCCCUGAGAAGGAGCUUCAGCGGCCGUCGGUGGAUUACGUAUCAGCCGGCGCGCCCGCACACUUUGUCGUGAUGUGUGGGCAGCAAUCUGGGCUCAGGACAGGCAUGGUCAACGAGGUGCGUUCAGUCCUUCGCAACCCCUUGCCCUGGGUCAGCGCCGAGUCACAUGAGAUGUGUAUCAUCGGCACAAAGUUUCGUGGUCCUGGCCGCGACUUCUUCUCGGCAGAUGGGGACUCUGGUGCAUGCAUUUGGGACCUGAGAAGUCGGGCCUGCGGAUUGCUUGUGGGCGGCCUCGAGGGCCAAACGCCCAGCACCGACGUUUCAUACGCGACGCCGAUGGAGCGUCUGCUCGAGGACAUCAAGUCUUUCGGAUUCGAUGCGAACUGGACAGGUGCAGCAGCGUCGACGUCGACUGGCCCGCUCCAGGAGAGGGCCGUCCGCGACAAGCCCUGA